AUGGUGCAUAUCAUAUAUUGUGGAGUUCCAGAAGCAAUAGCCAAUGGAUUUAUAGCCAACAACGAAAGUAAACCUGUCACUUAUGGCUCCAAAACAACAUACAAGUGUUACCCAGGUUUCCAAAUGGAAGGUUCGGCGACAGUUACUUGUCGGGACACUGGAAAGUGGAGUACACCACCAACGUGCAAGACAUCUGUAUGUUCAGCUGCAGAUGAAGUUACACAUGCAGUGAAGAAAACUGUGACUGGGGAUGGUACCUCCGCGGGAAGCAUUGUGAACUAUACAUGUAACUCUGGCUAUGAGUUGAAAGGGCCAUUGCAGAUUUUAUGCCAGUCAAACACAAACUGGUCACACCCAGCUCCAACAUGUACAAAAAUUAUGUGUCCCUCACCCUCAAUCAUGAAUGGUGAUCUUUCGCCAAAACAGCCAGUUAUGUUUGAAGAUACUGUGACACUGACCUGCAAGGCUGGGUUCGUGAUAACCAAUGAAACAACCAACACAGCAUCAUUACGGUGCCAAGCAUCAGGGAAACUUGAGGAGUUGUCUUGUGAAGAAAUAUUUGUGUGGGACAAGCACCUUUCAGAUGGGACAAAUAAAACCAACAAGUGGAUGUGGAGAAUUGAUGUAGAGUGCUGA